GUACGGACUGGAGGCGGCGUGCAGAAAGCUCCUUCGGUCUCCGUAUUCCGUAUGCACAUUUCGAGGUCGACGGAAGCUACUGUCUUGGCAGCUUGGAAUCGAGUCGAGAGUCGAAUGAGACGACGUUAUGUGUCGAAGCACAACAAUAGAGAAGUAAGUACUCUGUAUGCGUUGUGGAGAGGAUGAUUGGUGUGCGGAACGAGACAAGGAACGUUUGGUCAGCUCCCCAUGGAUAUGCAUAUGAGACUAAUGCAUAUGCAUAUGGGAGAUGUAUAUGCAAGUGUCAUGCAAUAUGCAUCACGGCAGCAUGGGAGCGAGGUAUCCGCCCCCGCCGAAUGCUUUAUUGCAUGUCGGAAAAAUGCUGGGUGGUAUUGCAUGAGUGCGAAGUCCAGGGUGUCUCUCAUCCCCGCUCGACUUUCUUCUUUCUUCAUCUUCUCCGUUACUGCAUCACCAUCUUAUCAUUUUCCCACGCCCCCUCCAUCACCACCAUCACCCACCCUCCUUCAUCCCCUCGUCCGCCCCUCCUUCAUGAGCUAUGUACCGGUAGGUUCUUAGCUUCGUGGGGCGCGAGCCCCCCUUCCAUGGCUUUCCGGUCCGUCCUCCACGAUUCCAUCCCAUCAACCGCCCGUUCGACACCGAUCCAAGCUUACAAGCCACAAACGGCCCCUUGCACUGGGCGCCAUACACGUGGUGGAGAACAACGCCAAUGGACAACUAGUUUUCCCUCAGGGACGCCUCUCUUUGCCCUAUCCGUUCUCUACAAAGCUCGUUCAGGAAGGGAAGAAGAAAACAUGAAUGCCAAGAACCCUCCUUCAUCUCGUCAUUCUCGGCUCGGGACCGGCGCGGCGCCUUGGGGGAAGCGCUUGUGUUGCACACGCGGCCGACCUGCCAGCGGGUUAUCAUUUCGGGACCCCUCAAGCCACAGCGGACGUUUGUCAACCAGCAAACAAGCAGCCUCUGGUGCGCUGAGCGAUGCUAUUUGCAGUCCCGUCGCCUGGGGCCAACGUAUGGCUCGAGCUGAUGGGUCGUAGCAUGAUGCUUCAUUCGAACAAGCAAAGCCUUUGUCCAAAACAGGGCGCUGAGAAGUUUGGAUCGACAGCCAAGUCGCACACUGUCGACCUGAGCAGCAGCAUCAUCAAGCAUUCGGCUCGUUUCAUAUCACGAUGGCAGUUCUUCUCGAAAGGGGUCCAUAAGCGGGAAUUUGCCUCUGCACUCCCAUGUGGCUGUGACGGCGACGGGACGAC